AUGGCGAGCAGCUCGGGAGACGCGCGGCACUCGCUCACGACGCCCGUCUUCCUCCUUAAAACGUACGAAAUGCUCGAGCGGUGCCCGACGCACGUCGCUGGGUGGACCGACAAUGGCGAAGCGUUCGUCGUCCGGAGCAAGAUCGACUUUGAGACCAAGGUGCUCCCGGUCUAUUUCAAGCACCGCAACUUUCACUCAUUUGUGCGGCAGCUCAACAUUUACGGCUUCAAGAAGGCUCGCCUCGAGAGUUCCGACGUGUCGCCGAGCUGGGAAUUUCAGCACCCCAAGUUCCGUCGUGGCGCCAAGCGCGGCCUCAACCAGAUCCAGCGGCGCACGACGACGACGAUGCCCGAGCCAGAAACUCGGAUUGAAAACAGCCACGAAGUCGCAGCGCUGCGUCUAAAGCUCGCACACUUGCGUGAGCACUUGGCAAACCUCAACGCCGAUAUUGAGCGCGUUGCCCACUUGGUUGUGCGCAAGAGAGAGCGCGAGCUACAGAUUCAGCGGCGACGUGCGGCACCGACCGACAUCGUCAUGACAUCGUUUUUAGAUCAAGUCGACUGGAACCUCGAGACCUAG